UCCACACAAAGUAUAGCUAGCUACAAAAGGGAAAGCUAGGUAUAUAUAGAGCUUCUGUGUUUGUGUGGAGGCAGAGACAAUUCAAAUAAGUGAUUAUGGGGAUUAUGUGUAUUAGAAUCAUAUUUCUACUAGCUGCUUAUUGCUUGCUUCCUCUAUCUGUGGAUGCCAUGGUUCGCCACUACAAGUUCAACGUGGUGAUGAAGAAUGCCACAAGAUUGUGUUCAACCAAACCCAUUGUAACUAUAAAUGGGAAUUUCCCUGGCCCCACCAUCUAUGCUAGAGAAGAUGAUACUGUUCUUGUUAAGGUGGUUAACCAUGUCAAAUACAAUGUUAGCAUCCAUUGGCAUGGAAUCAGACAGUUGAGAACAGGUUGGGCUGAUGGGCCAGCAUACAUAACCCAAUGCCCAAUUCAACCAGGCCAGGUCUAUAUGUACAAUUUUACCCUCACAGGACAAAGAGGAACACUUUGGUGGCAUGCACAUAUACUUUGGCUUAGAGCAACUGUACAUGGUGCUAUUGUCAUUUUGCCUAAGCUUGGAGUUCCUUACCCUUUUCCUAGACCCCACAUGGAACAAGUUAUCAUAUUGAGUGAAUGGUGGAAAUCAGAUACUGAGGCUAUAAUAAAUGAAGCUUUGAAAUCUGGAUUGGCCCCAAAUGUCUCUGAUGCUCACACUAUCAAUGGUCAUCCAGGGCCUGUUCAACAUUGUGCUUCACAAGAAGGAUUCAAAUUCCAAGUUGAACCAGGAAAAACCUACUUGCUAAGAAUAAUCAAUGCAGCACUAAAUGAAGACCUAUUCUUCAAAAUUGCUGGACACAAAUUUACUGUUGUUGAAGUUGAUGCUGCAUACACAAAACCAUUCAAAACAGACACAAUAGUAAUAACACCAGGACAAACAACAAAUGUACUUCUCAAAACCAACCAUGCAAGUGGCAAAUACAUGGUAGCAGCUUCAACAUUCAUGGAUGCACCAAUUGCAAUAGACAAUGUAACAGCCACUGCCACAUUACAUUACCCAAAUACCCUUGGUUCAACAAUCACAACACUCACUUCACUACCUCCAAUAAAUUCAACAAAAAUAGCUAACAGUUUCACUGACUCAUUAAAAAGUCUGAAUUCCCAUAAAUACCCUGCUAGAGUCCCUAAAAAAAUUGACCAUUCAUUGUUUUUUACUGUGAGUCUUGGUGUUAACCCUUGUGCUACAUGUCCCAAUGGUAGUAGAGUUGUUGCAGCUAUAAAUAAUGUAACAUUUGUCAUGCCUAAAAUUUCACUUCUUCAAGCACAUUUUUUUAACAUUAGUGGAAUUUUUACUGAUGAUUUUCCUAGAAAACCUGAAAUAGUAUAUGAUUUUACUGGGAAUAAACAGCCAUCAAAUUUUAGGACUAAUAAAGGGACUAGGGUUUAUAGACUUGCUUAUAAUUCAACAGUUCAAUUAAUUUUGCAAGAUACUGGAAUGAUAGCUCCUGAGAAUCAUCCUAUUCAUCUACAUGGAUUCAAUUUCUUUGUAGUUGGUAAGGGACAAGGGAAUUUUAAUCCUAAAAAGGAUACUAAAAAGUUUAAUUUGGUUGAUCCUGUGGAGAGAAAUACAGUUGGUGUUCCAUCUGGUGGAUGGACUGCUAUCAGAUUCAGGGCUGAUAAUCCAGGGGUAUGGUUUAUGCAUUGUCAUUUGGAAAUUCACACAACUUGGGGAUUGAAGAUGGCAUUUGUUGUGGACAAUGGUAAAGGACCAAAUGAAUCUUUACUACCACCUCCAAGUGACCUUCCCAAGUGUUGAGAAGAUUAAUACUAAUUUACAACCUUUGCUUAAGAAGGAAGAGUGGAAACAUGCAAGGAAAACUAUAUAUACAUUCCAAUCCAAAGGAAGUAAACUAUCAAAGAUAAUAACAAGAUUUUCUUGGAGAAUAAGACCUAUUAAAUUAACAUGUCCUCAAUUUCUCUGUUUUUUUCCAUUCAUUUUAUAUUUUAAUUUUUGUAUUGUUGGUAUAUCAUUUUUUUUCUCCUUCUUGAAGAAUAAUUUUGGAUUAUUGAAAACAAUGCUAAUCAAAAUUUUGGUUUACAUUUCUCAUUGAUUAUACAAUAUAAUAAAAGUGGACGAAAUUUAGACUUUA